AUGAGUUCAGAAUUAGUAAACAUCAUUAGACAGCUUAUUCAGGCAAACAAAUUGAUAGUGUUCUCAAAGGACUACUGCCCAUACUGUGUAAAGGUUAAGCAGUUGUUGCAGAAACUCGGUCAGACACCAUAUGUAGUCGAGAUCAACAAGCUGCCCAACUCAUCCGAAUACCAAUCAGCACUAAAGUCCAUCUCAGGCAUGUCUACCGUGCCCCAAGUGUUCAUCAAUCAGAAGUUCAUCGGUGGAUGUUCAGAUACCGAAGCCCUGCACUCCAAGGGCAAGUUGGUCCCAUUGCUAACUGAAUAA